UGGAGACUGUUUCAAUUAGUAAAAUGGAGGAUUACACGGGAAAAUGUCUUCAUCUUACAGCCCAAAUUAAUCUUUCUAGAACAAGUCUGAUGUCCACCUCCAGAUAGGAAGAGAAGCAGACGCCCAAGAGCUAAAGAGUGUGAGAGAUGAAAUGUUACCAAUCAGAAUGGUUCUCUGUGUUAAUCUGCUACUCCUCCUGUUCUCUGUCUCAAGAUCAGAGAAGUUUCAGGUUCAUGGUCCAGCUGCUCCUGUUGUUGUGUCACCUAGUGAGGACAGUGUCCUGCCCUGUUACCUCUCACCAGACAUCAAUGCUGAGGACCUACAAAUCAGGUGGUCUUUUGAGGGUUCUGCAGCUCCUGUGUGCCUGUACCAAAACCGCAGAUAUCACUCUGACACACAGAACCCAGAUUACAGAGGAAGGACAGAGCUGUUCCUGGAGCAGCUCCCCAGGGGCAAUGUGUCUCUAAAGCUGACAGAUGUGAAGCUCUCUGAUCAUGGACAGUAUAAGUGUCUGGUGGAAUCUGUGAAACAUUAUGGCGACACUCUUAUCGAUCUGGUCGUCAGAACUGUUUCAGUGUCUCUCCACUCCCCUGGAGGAGGUCAGACCCAGCUGCUGUGCAGGUCAGAGGGCUGGUUCCCUUCACCUGCAGUGAUCUGGACAGACAGGGAUGGACAUGAUGUGACCUCACUGUCCAGCACCACAGUGGAGAGGGACAGUCAAGGGCACCUCAGUGUCAGCAGCUACAUCCCAGUCCAGCAGGAGUCCAACAUCUUCUCCUGUCUGGUCAGAAGCACACAGCCCAAGGGAGACUGGGAAUCUCAGAUCCACAUAUCCAGAGACUUUUUCCCUGGACCCUCUGGGUGGAUGGUGGCUCUCUGUGUAACAGCAGCUGUGAUUGUAGUAGCAUCUGUACUUCUGGUGAUCCAGUGGAAAAGAAUGGACAAUCUGGAUACAUUGUUGGAAUCUGAAUUAUGUUAUAUUAAUGCACUAAAUGGAAUUCCUCUCAUUAAAGCUGAAAUUGAUGCUGUGAAGCAAGCUCCUCUCCUUAAAUCACGUAUGCCUACAGUGUAAAAAUCUGCCGACUGAGAGCACCAACUGUACUGACAUAUUAUUCCCAGUGUGGAGACCAGCACUUGUUUGUGACUAACAGUGUCUGUAUUUCUGUGUUCAGUGUGUGUCUGUAUCUCUGU